AUGCCCCGUCUCCAGCAAACCGAAGCAAAUCCUCGCGGGGAGCUGAAACAACCUUCUCGAGCCCCGGUGUUUUAUGAAGCUGAACAUCCGCAGCGUAUCAAAAUUCUUAGUACCUCGCAUGGCUCCCGCAUCUUCUCUGAGUCUUCCGCGGGUGAUUCGGGAUCUAAGAAUGAUGAAGCUGAUUCAGAGCCAAGUGCUUUUUUAAGCCAAGAUAGUACGCUGGACGACACGCUGAGCGUGAUUGCCAGAGCGCUCAAGAUAUCAGAAGAGUCCAACUUGACUAUAGAUAAUUUACAGGCGUAUGCAUUAGAGCUUGCAGCAAAACCUGCGGUUCCUCGAGCUCAACUGAUAUAUCGCGAGUCGAUCCAGGAAAACGAUCAAGUCAGAAUGUAUGGUGCAAUCCUACGGAUGGUUUCGGAAUAUGAAGAAGAGUAUAAACUCGUUACCGACCUCAUCGACAAAGGUGUUAUUACUGCUGCAUAUCUCAAAUACCUGUUCAAACCAGAGGCAAUAGUGGUCGGGGGAAGAGAUCACAAUUGCCGUGUCAAGCACAUGGUAUCUUACGAUGAGCACCUUGGUCAAAAGUUCCAUGAUACUGGUGAUGGCCGAUAUAUGAUCGGCAUGGCGAUGUGUCUUAAGCUGCACAGACCCAAAGAGGAAGAGAGAAAGAAAUUUGAACCGUUUGUUGGUUCCGACGAUCUUGGAUCUGAAGCGGUGAAGCAGGACCACCCACCCGAUGGUAAUUUCGUUCGUAUGCUGCCUCUGACGAUCAAUGGCGACAACCUCAAGAAAAAGAGUUGGCUAGAUUUGAACGUCGUCAGGAUCAACGAAGUCGUGUGGAAUACGCGAGCUUUGGACAAUCUAGUAAGGAAUGGAAAAAUAAAACGACUUAUCCAAGCACUUGUCAGUAACCAAGUUGAGGCGGAAAAUUCCACCGACAUUAUUUCUGGGAAGGGCAACGGCUUGAUCUUAUUGUUACAUGGUGGACCAGGAACGGGCAAGACUUUGACGGCCGAGAGUGUAGCCGAAAUCGCCCACAAGCCCCUAUACCCCUUUACAUGCGGAGAUAUUGGGACCGAGCCAGAAUUUGUAGAGAACUAUCUUGAAUCAGUUCUUUACCUAGUUAAGACUUGGGGUUGUGUGGUCUUGCUCGACGAAGCUGACAUAUUCCUGGCGCAGCUUAGCUUCGAGGACCUUCGUCGCAACGCGUUGCGCACUCAGAUCUGGGGCAACUUUCUGCGCCACUUGAGGGAAUUGAAUGAGGAGGGCAUUGAUUGUGUCGACCUAGAAGACAAUGUUGAGCAACUGGCAAGCAAUAAGAUGAACGGCAGAUAA